AUGUUGGUUACUUCUUGAAAUCAUGAAAUUGUAAUAAAUAGGAAGAAAAUAUAAAGAAAAAAGCUGUAGAUAUUCGUAACGUUUUCGUUUCUUUACAGUUUUAAGUUUUAACGCAGACUAUAUGAAAUAGACUGAGAACAAUAUAAAAUCGUAAACAUGAAAACAGCAUUGCUAGCAAUAUUUUUCUGUUUCAUCGGUUGCCAGAAUGUUUCUACCUCCAGAGUUCUUGAGUUAAGCGACAAGUUUAUUGAUAUAAGUACGGAGGGCAUGUGGUUUGUGAAAUUUUAUGCCCCAUGGUGUGCCCACUGCAAAAGAAUAGAGCCAAUAUGGGCACAUGUUGCACAAGCAUUGUACAACACUCCAAUCAAAGUUGCUAAGGUUGACUGUACAAGAUUUACGGCUGUUGCUACACAUUUCAAAGUUAGAGCUUACCCAACAAUUAUGUUUAUCAAAGGUUCUUACUUGCAUGAGUAUAAUGGGGAGAGAGUUAAGGAUGACAUGGUGAACUAUGCCAUGAGAAUGGCACUACCUGCCAUACAGGUGGUGUCACAUGCAGACAGUCUUGGCUACCUUAAAGAAUCACAUGAUCUGUUCUUUGGCUACAUUGGAAAGCAACAUGGAGUGUUAUGGGAAAUGUAUUCAAAUCACGCUGAAAAAUAUCAAGCACACAGUUGGUUUUAUUCUCUGCCACAUGAUUUGGCACCUACUGAGAAACAACCUCCAAAUGAAACUGCCAUCUUUGUGUACAAAGAAAAUGAUGUAUUUUACUUUAAUACUCAUCCCGAAUUAUUGGAAGAUAAGGAGUCUUUAAAUACAACACUUGAUAAAUGGGUUAAUUCGGAAAGAUUUGGUUUCUUCCCAAAGAUAACAAGAUCCAAUAUUAAUGACAUUAUGGAUACUGAAAAAUAUAUUGUAAUUGUUGUGGUAUCUGAAAAUAAAUUAAAUGAAAUAAGCCAAACUGAACGAGACUUUAAGGACAUGAUGGAAAGCAUUAUCAAAGAGAAUAAACAUAAUCUUCACCAGCGAUUCCAAUUUGGAUGGACGGGAAAUCAAGAGUUAGCUAACUCAAUAGCAAUGUCAGAGCUGACUGUACCACAUCUGAUAGUCCUCAACUCCACAACAAACCACCAUCAUAUUCCUGAAGACGAUCCAGUGCUGAUGACUCCGGAGGCCAUAUUGAUAUUUUUAGAUCAAAUACACAAGCAGAUGGCACCGGCGUACGGCGGGAACAGCUGGGCGGUGCGUGUGUACCGCGCGGUGUGGGAGGCGCGGACGUCGCUGGCGCACAUGUGGCGCGGGAACCCCGUGCUCACGGCGCUCGUGUUCGGCCUCCCGCUCGGCUUCCUGUCACUUAUUUGCUACUCCAUCUGCUGUGCCGAUAUAUUGGACGCCGAUGAGGACGAGGGCUCAGAUGAAACACACGAGAAGAAAGAUUAAAAUAAAUAUUUAAUUUACAUUAAGUUCAGUUUGUUGAAGUAAGUGCUUAUUUUAGUGGACGUGUGGUGUAUAUUACACUACAUCCAUUACUAAUAUUGUAAAUUGCAGUGUCUGUCUGACUCGCGACUCGACCUCUUCACGCUAAGUGGAUAUAAAUAAAAUUUAGUUAUACAUAUUAUGUACCAUCGAGGAAAUUGAUUCCUAGGCAGUUGACGGACCGUAUCAUGUGGCUUUUAUCGCGAAAAAUGCACGGUUCCAGCGCUAUAAACAAAUUUCUGCACGAACAAGUCAACAUAUUCUAGUGAGGUAAUUCAUAUAAUAUUAUUAGGAUCUCAUGUUUUAAUAUUACUUAUAGUAAAUUGAUAUUUUGUUGCAUAGUGAAAUUUAAGUAUAAGAAAAUGGAUGAAAAUAGUACUUACCUAAUAAGUAUAAUUUCAAUAACAAUUUUUUUUCUUAAGUAUUUAUGACUACUGCUUACUA